AUGCGUGCGCAGCCGAUUAAUCCUUCAGCGUCCGUUCCUCAGGUGAUAGAGUCAUUAACGAUGCGAUUUGGCCGCCCUGAAAUACUCAUUGAAGAGUUCGUCGAAAAAGUUAAAUCCACUCCGAUUCCGAGGGCUGACAAACUCGAGACCAUGAUCGACUUCGGAACAAUGGUACAAGGACUUUGUGACCAUAUUGUUGCAGCGAACUUACAAGAACACUUAGCCAAUCCAACACUACUGAAAGAUCUGGUGGCCAAACUACCCGCAGAAUACAAAAUGAAAUGGGCAGGUUACCGAAAUCAAUCUCCUACCGUUAAUUUAAAGACAUUUAGCAUGUUUAUGGAAGGGAUUGUAGAAGAUGCAUACAGCGUGUCAUCGUUCAAUGCAAGCGAACGAUUAGUCAGACGUGAAAAGCAAAGACGAAUAGACCAGAGUUUCGUUCAUGCUGAUAAUGAGGAAUGCUUGGAAGAAAUAGAAAUUAAAAAGCGCCCCGUUGAUUCAGCGGGAAUUGAAUGUUUGAUUUGUCGGAAAUACGGACAUCGAGCGAAGGAGUGCAGGGUUUUCUGGGCCAUGUCAAUCGAUGAACGUUGGAAAACGAUACAAAGCAAAGCAAUUUGUCGUACGUGUCUCUUUGGUCACGGACGAAGGUCAUGCCGUAGCACCACUCGUUGUGGUGUCGAUGGUUGUCAGUAUCGCCAUCACCCAUUGUUACACUCCCCCUCCUCAGUACAAGCAGCUCAGAGGAAGAGUCAGACAGAAGAUCAUCAUGUGCAUCAAGAUCAACUAUCGAAACUUCUUUUCCGCAUCGUACCAGUUACCCUCUACGGUCGUACUGGUAGCAUAGAUACAUUUGCCUUUUUGGAUGAGGGCUCGUCUCUUACGAUGAUAGAGAGCAGUUUGGCGGACAAUCUCGAAGUCAAUGGCUAUGAUAAGCCACUAUGCUUGAAAUGGACGAGCAACGUGACCCGCGAGGAAAAGCAAUUCAGGCGAGUUACAUUUGAAAUAUCAGGAAUCGGAAAGAUGAAGCGUUAUUGGUUAAAUGAUGUCGGAACAAUCCAGUCACUAGACCUACCGGUGCAAACGCUACCAAUCAAUGACAUGCAACUGCACUAUCAACACCUUCAAGGAAUUCCAAUCGAAGGGUACCGUGGCGCUGUACCUCGCUUGCUUAUUGGAAUUGACAAUCUCAAAUUGACACUGCCUUUGAAGACACGGGAAGGAGAAGAAGGUAAUCCAGUGGCCGUGAAAACUCGGCUUGGAUGGUGCGUCUAUGGCGGUCAAAGGAACGCUAGAUUUCCCUCUGUCAACAUGCAUAUCUGCGAAUGCAAUAGAGAUGAAUCUAUGGAUGAAACGAUCAAGACGUAUUUUUCGAUCGAGGAAGUCGGGGCUCGUCCAAGAAACGAGUGUAUGUCUAAGGAAGAUCAACGGGCGUUAAAGAUACUGCAGGAAACCACAGUUUCAGUGGGCGAUCGAUUCGAGUCAGGCCUCCUGUGGAAAUUCGAUGAUUUUGAAUUUCCAGACAGCUAUCCAAUGGCCAUCAAAAGACUACACUGUUUGCAGCGUAGAAUGGAAAAGGAUCCGACUUUGAAGGAAAAUAUUCAACGUCAGAUACAGGAAUACAUCGACAAAGGUUAUGCUCAUCGUGCAUCAGUCGGAGAAUUAGCGGCUGUCGAUCCUCGUAGAAUUUGGUUCCUGCCCUUAGGUGCAGUAGUCAACCCAAAAAAACCUUCGAAAGUUCGCCUUAUAUGGGACGCCUCAGCGAAAGUCGAUGGUGUUUCGUUGAACGGCAUGCUAUUGAAAGGGCCCGAUCAGUUGACGUCUUUACCAACAGUUAUCUUCCAUUUUCGGCAACACCAGGUGGCAGUAGUCGGUGACAUUAGGGAGAUGUUUCACCAGAUUUUUAUCCGUUGGCUCGACCGGUACUCACAAUGUUUCCUAUGGUCCCCUGACUCUUCCCACGAUCCCGAAAUAUUUGUGAUGGAUGUAGCUACGUUCGGCUCAACCAGCUCACCAGCGACUGCACAGUUUGUGAAGAACACAAACGCUCAGAGAUUCGCACAAGAAUUCACUAGAGCCGUCGAAGGAAUUCUGUAUAACCACUACGUGGAUGACUAUCUUGAUAGCUUCCCCGACGAAGAAGAAGCCAAACGAGUGGCAACAGCCGUUAGAGAAGUACACAGAAGAGGAGGUUUCGAGAUCCGCAACUGGUGCUCCAACAGUCCGGCAGUUCUGAAGCACCUAGGAGAAAAUGCGAAAAAGGUUGAGAAAAAUCUCAAUUUAGAGAAUGCUGGUACUCCCGAACGUGUGCUGGGUAUGCUGUGGAACAGUGAAGAGGAUGUGAUCCAUUUCGAGACGACCAUGCGAGAAAACAUCAGGAAAAUAAUCGAAAAUGACACAAUACCUACUAAGCGUCAAAUCCUACAAUGCGUGAUGACUCUUUUCGACCCGUUGGGACUUCUUACACCGUAUCUUAUAUUCGGUAGAAUUCUUAUCCAAGACGUGUGGCGUGCUGGAACGAAGUGGGACGAGUUAGUGGAUAAUAACAUUUUUCAACGCUGGCGGGAUUGGGUAAAAAUACUGUAUGACAUAAAUAAAGUUCGAAUUCCCCGCUGUUACUUUCGUCGUCCAGAUAGCUUCAGCUUUGAGAAUGUCCAGCUUCAUGUCUUUGUUGAUGCUAGUCCAACUGCCUAUUCCUGCGCAUGCUACUUCCAUAUAAUUAACGCUCAAGGAGAGGUUGAGGUAUCGUUGGUUGCUGCCAAGGCGAAGGUAGCCCCACUCAAACAUAUGAGUAUUCCUAGACUAGAACUUCAGGCCUGUGUCCUGGGCUCGCGCAUGAUGAAGCUGGUGGUGGAUGGUCACACUUUCUCUAUCUCCAAACGGUAUUUCUGGACAGAUUCGCAAACAGCUCACACUUGGAUCAACAAGGAUCCUCAUAUAUAUCGACCGUUCGUAGCCCAUCGGGUUGCAGAGAUUCUGGAAACCACGAAACCACAGAUUUGUAACGAAUUCUCACAAGGCGGCUGA